GGUGGUCGUUCUGGAUGCACUUGCUGACGGUGUCAUUUGGUGUUACUUCUGUCGGUUUAGUGGUCGGUAGUAUUUCCAGUGUAGAAAAUAAACGUUCAGUUUUUCAUAAAGAAAAAUGCCAAUGACACCUGCCAUAACUGGAGUAGAGGAGCAGGAAAAACUACUUGAAGAUGCGAUCGGUGUGGUUAAAGUGCAGGCCUUCCAAAUGAAACACUGUCUAGAUAAGUCCAAACUAAUGGAUGCAUUAAAACAUGCUUCUACAAUGUUAGGUGAACUCAGAACUUCUCUUCUGAGUCCAAAGAGUUACUAUGAAUUAUAUAUGGCUAUUACUGAUGAAUUAAGGCACUUGGAACUUUACCUGUUAGAUGAAUUUCAAAAAGGAAGAAAAGUCACAGAUUUAUAUGAAUUAGUACAAUAUGUUGGCAACAUUGUACCUAGACUAUAUCUGCUUAUCACAGUUGGAUUGGUAUACAUCAAAACAACACCUGGUUUAAAAAGAGAUUUGUUGAGAGAUUUGGUAGAAAUGUGUAGGGGUGUUCAACAUCCCUUAAGAGGUCUUUUCUUAAGGAAUUAUUUAUUGCAAUGUACUCGUAACAUAUUGCCAGAUGGUGCUGAAGGUGAUGAUGAAGAUGGAAGUGUUCGUGACAGUAUAGAUUUUGUGUUGAUGAAUUUCGCAGAAAUGAAUAAAUUGUGGGUACGCAUGCAACAUCAAGGUCAUAGUAGGGAUAGAGAAAGAAGGGAGCGAGAAAGAGAAGAACUUAGAAUUUUAGUGGGAACUAAUCUUGUACGGCUUAGUCAAUUGGAGUCUGUAACUUUAGAUAAAUAUAAAAAGCUUGUUUUGCCAGGAAUAUUGGAACAAGUAGUCAGUUGUAGAGAUGCAAUUGCCCAGGAAUAUCUUAUGGAGUGUAUAAUUCAAGUCUUUCCUGAUGAGUUUCACUUACAAACACUAAAUACAUUUUUAAAGUCAUGUGCAGAGCUGCAAAGUGGUGUAAAUGUAAAAAAUAUAAUCAUUUCAUUAAUAGACCGUCUUGCAGCAUUUAGUCAAAGAUCAGAUGGUGUAGGAGGACCAGGAAGUCCCAAUCAAGUGCCAGGAAUACCACAAGAUGUAAAGCUCUUUGACGUUUUUAGCGAUCAAAUUGCCACUAUUAUACAGACUAGACAAGAGAUGCCUUCAGAGGAUGUAGUAUCACUUCAAGUAGCUCUCAUCAACUUGGCACACAAGUGCUAUCCUGACAGAGUAGACUAUGUGGAUAAAGUCUUGUUAACAACUGUUCAAAUAUUCCAGAAACAAAAUGUAGAAAAACUUGAUUAUAAUAGUGCUGUAUCAAGGGAGUUAGUAAGGUUAAUGAAAAUUCCAAUAGAUAACUAUAAAAAUAUAUUAACUGUUUUAAAACUGGAACAUUUUGCUCCAUUAUUAGAUUAUUUUGAUUACGAGGGUAGAAAAUUGUUAGCUAUUUAUAUAAUAACGAACAUUUUGGAAAAUGAAACCUUAAUACCAACUCAAGAACAAGUAGAUGCAGUACUUUCUAUGGUGUCUCCAUUGGUGCAAGAUCAGCCAGAUCAGCCUAGCAUUGAAGAAGAUCCUGAAGAUUUUGCAGAAGAACAGGGCCUCCUUGGUAGACUGAUACAUCAUUUCAAGUCUGACACAGCUGAUCAACAGUACAUGAUAUUAAGUGCUGCUAGGAAACAUUUCAGUGCUGGUGGAAAUAAAAGAAUAAAAUAUACUCUGCCACCGAUUGUAUUCCAAGCUUAUCAACUAGCUUUUACAUACAAGGGACUAAAGGAUGAAGAUGAAUGGUGGCAAAAAAAAUGCCAAAAAAUUUCUCAAUUUUGUCAUGCAACCAUUAGUGCAUUAAUGAAGGCUGAAUUGGCCGAGUUACCGUUAAGGUUAUUUCUGCAAGGUGCAAUAGCGAUAGGUGAAAUUCGUUUCGAUAAUUUUGAAGUGGUUGCAUACGAAUUUAUGAGUCAAGCAUUUUCUAUAUACGAAGAUGAAAUAAGCGAUUCCAAAGCUCAACUGGCGGCUAUUACAUUAAUCAUUGCUACAUUUGAGCAAAUGAGUUGUUUCAGUGAAGAAAAUGCAGAUCCAGUGCGUAGUCAAUGUGCUUUAUAUGCUAGCAAAUUAUUAAGAAAACCAGAUCAGUGCAGAGGUGUUGCAACCUGUUCUCAUAUAUUCUGGUCUGGAAAAUCAUUAGCAACAGGAGGGAAAGAAAUGCAAGAUGGAAAUAAAGUAUUAGAUUGUUUGAAAAAGGGUAUUAAGAUAGCAAGUCAAUGUAUGGAUACAUCAGUUCAAGUCCAACUUUAUGUUGAACUAUUAAAUCACUACAUUUAUUUCUACGAAAAAGGAAACACAGCAGUAACGGUUCAAAUUUUAAAUCAAGUAAUAGCAAAAAUUAGAGAAGAACUUCCUAACUUAGAAGUCAGUGAAGAAACGGAACAAAUACAAAAACAUUUAGCUAAUACAUUAGAACAUUUAAGAAACAGGAUGGAAUCGCCAGAAGCAGAUGGGCUUUCGUACCAAGGGCUUGUUCUUUAAUGCAAUCAUUAUGAAUGACAAUUUUGUAUAUAAAAUAAAUUGUGAAAUUAAUCGUUUAUUAAAUACAUAUAUUUACAACCAUUCAAACUACAUUAAUUUGUUUGCAAGACUUAAAUUGUUAAUACAUCGAAUAUAUUUUAUUAGAUCAUAAAGCAUACCCUGUAUAUUUGUUUUAAUAAAACUUUAAUGUAUAUAUAUAAAGGUUCACUUAUUCAUUUCCGUAUAACAUUUCUUGUUUCGAUUUAAUUUCGUAUCUUUAACAAGAGAAAGUCACCAAUAGAAACACCUUAUUUUUCGAAUAUGCAUUUUGAUUGCUGCCAGAGAUGGUGACUUUCUCAUCAGCUUAUCUACGGCUGCUUAAAGUGCGCCAUCUAAAGGUUAUUCAUAGAGAAUCAUUUUGAGUCUUACUGCUUACUGUCUUACUUUCUCAGUCUUCUGUUGCUUGUUGGGAUAAGUAGUCUUGUUUCAUUUAUUGAUAAUUAUUGAACACGUGUUUAUUCGUAAAUAUUAUCAGAGACGUAAUUAUUAUAAAGAAGUAAUGGGUAAAGGCCGGAAAAAUAGACCGAAGAAGAAUUUCGCAGAAAAACGUCGUGAAAAACAGAAG